AUGGAAGUCUCGAUCCUUCGAACCCUCACAUCUCUAAACGCACGAGCGACCCAGGCCGAGCGCGCCGCCUCGAGGUACGAAAAGAAGCUGGCUAGAGUACGACAUUCCCUGGUGGAGCAAGAAAUCGAUCUGAAAGAGAGCGUGCGGGUGGCCGAACUUCUCUACGGGGUACACCAAAAGCUCGGGCUUGUGACCGACUACCUCCUGAAACGUCAGGAACCUUUGGACGACCAAGGCUGCAACUCUUUCGAAGCAAUGUUCAAUAUUAUCAUCAAGCAAGCCGAGUCUCAUGGAGGUGCAGCUGAGAUGGAGGGUGGCAAUGAUGACAAACGGGACAAAGCUGGGCAUCCAGACAAAGUCGUUCCAGGUAAUAGCCUGGCCUCCUGA